GAUGUUACCCGCGCGAAGAUGCUGUGGAUACUCCUGGACCAAAAACCGUUUGCAUUUCAGUUAUCAGUCUAAGGUCGUGAGAGUCGGUCGAAAAGUAGCUUUUAUCUAGUAGCAGAUGCUGUCGGCCCGCAUUCGACCCAAUAGAGGAAUACAGGUGUUGCUUCCAUUUUAGUGGUAAAGCAUUUCUGGUGUGAUUAAGUGAUUGGAUGUAAGCAUCCGUUCAAUACGUGUCGUUGAUCGCUGAUAGGAAAUCGGGAGCGGAAAAUCAAUUGAUUCCGGGUUGGGCUGGGAAAUACAAAGGGCAGCUGGCUCAUCGAGAUAACUCCUGGAAGGCAAUGAAAGUGAAAUUGUUAUCAAUGAUGUUUGUUUUUAUACAUUUCCCAGGGGCAAUCUUGAAUGAAAAAUUACCUGUUGAGUGAUACAAUCGGUCCAGUUCAAACAGGAAAGUGUUUUUCAAAAGCAUCCUGAGUGGGCGAAUCGCAAAAAGUGAAAAUCGUUGAAGAGUGAAAUUCGGAGGCCUAAGAGCCGACAACAAUGAAGCAACAGUUUAUUUUAUGGCCCGGGAGCUCCAUGAAGUGAGCAGUGCGAAGUGAAGAAGGGUGCAAAGUUCGUCGUCGUAUGAUGAGCCAUGCUUCUCCAUUGCUAGUAAUAAGGGAUAGUCUCGCAAUUAGGAGAAUAAAAUAACAUCUUUAUUACACUGGUUACCUACCGAAUGAGAAUGGGAAAAUGAGAAAAGAGCUUUCAGUAAGUGAAAGAUAAAAGUGAACCACCAUCUGACUGCUAUGCGUUGACAUGGCUGUUGGUGUGCCGAGAAGAUAACUUGUGAGGCGUAGAAACCUAAGCUGAAAGCGAGGUGGUUUUGUUUUAUUUCGGGGUUGAUGCUUGAUACAUCUAUCCACACAAAAUCUUAGAAGAAGAGAGAACGGUGGUGCUGAGAUCAAACAGCAUAUAGAGCACAAACGUGGGAUGUACGAAUGAAAAUUAAAAUGAGGUGUAAUUACCGGCUGAGUCAGGAAUAGAUGUUCGGAAUUGUCAAAAGGAUUAUCAACGGGGGAAUGAGAAAACUAUCAUGUGUUCAUAAUUGAAAUAAGAGAUUCAGCAACCAUAGACUAGAGCUCCGCACUGUGGAGACAAUAUCCGUUUGGCUUUCAUUUCCGGGGCCGGUUCGUUGGGGAAGUUUUCGCAUGACACGCAUCCGGUGGCGCCGGUACCAUAGGAUAGAGUACAGCAGUUCGGAAUUGGCACGUGACUGGGUGGGCUAUGCAUGCCCGCGGAGGUUCACAAUGGCAGAGUCGAAGAAAACCCUCCCUCGGGCCGUUGCGGCGUGCCCAUCCUGCUUCCGGUGCGACUUGGAACGUGCAGGUCGUGCGAGGCAAGAUGACGUCCCGAUGCCUUUGGCACGCCUGUCGAGCUUUGGUCCUCGGCAUCGUACUCAUGCUGGUCGGCGGCGGAAUGGCCACAGUCGGAUAUUAUGCAAAUAACUUCCCAUCGCUUUCUGAUGUCAAGAGCAAUAGCACAUCGACAAUUCGUGUGAAGAACGAACAUCGAGGACUACAUUUAAACAACCUGUCUUACGUUGGGCCCAUCGUCAUGGGCGUCGGAGGAUUUAUAGUAGUCGCAUCCUGUGUGAUGACGUUCGAGGCCCGCGAUUCUGCUGCCAAAGUGGUUCCUGCGAGGUUCAAAUUGAGUAGCAAUAAUCGCAACGCCAGCCGUAAUACCGCUUCUCGACGUUCUACAAGUGUAGCAAAUGGACCAACCCAAGUACCGUCGCAAUCUGCCCGGUGGGAGCAACAUCUGGGGGUAUUCAGGACGUCCCCGGCAGUGGAGCAGGUUCCGGAUCGAAAAGCACUGACGGCUGCUUUGGUUCACUUUUCCAGAGCACUGGGAACCCCAAAAGCAUCGCAUCCAAGCUGUGAAAGUCGGCGGGUUUCCCGCAGUGGCUCCGUACCAAAUUUAUCCGUCGACAAGUUGCCCGUCCCGUCGGUCUCAGGCUCCCCGGCAGGUGUCCGGUCAACCGUUAAACACCACCGUGGAUCACGUGUCAGCAGCAUGGUGCAUCGGUCCACCCGGGAAACAAACAGCAGUUUGCUGCAUCCCGCCAUGCAGCACUAUCAUCGACAUGCACUGUCCGUUGAUGAACCGGAACCAUUCCCCAAAAACCUGAACCAAACGGGAUCACAUGGUUCGAUGCACUAUGGACAUCCAACUGACAUGCCAAUGGUGCACAAAAUGCGUGACCGAAACAAGCGCUCGGAUACCGCCCGGAAGCAUGUCCUGUCACGGCAGACAAAGAUAGAGAAGGAUGAACCGGCCUCCAGCCCCAAGCAUAAUCCCUUCGUCAACAGUCGACGCUCUUCAACCAUUUCGAAUGCCUCAUCCAAGCUGAAUAAGAGCAGCAGCAGACGUGCCUCAACUAUUUCCAAAACACCCAGCGUCGAUUCGAGGGGAGCGGCCUCGACGGUGGAAGUCAAUAGCCCGGAGCGGUCAUUGCUGGCGAUGACACCGCGAAAGGCAAAUACCAUGGCGCAGAUGUCCACCCCGUCCGUGGAGAAGGAGUGCCGGAGCCAACUAUCAAUUUGCUCCGAGCCAACAAAUGCUGCUCGCAAUCUGUCCUGUCAAUCGAGCUUAGAACCGUGUGUCCCUGAGGAGGACAGCCCCGAGCAGGAAGAACCAUCGCAAAGUUUAGAUAGGUCGCCUAUCUCUCACGGGCAUCAACAGGUCAGCGGUAACGCCCUAACUGGCAAAUCCUCUCUGCCGGCAAAGGAAGGAUCUCAAUCAGCCCAACUAGUUCGACCGGACUCAUUAGUUCUGGUGGGCAGAACCGCAACCACUGACGACGGUCAGCAACACCCACCGAACGAGAAGGCCAAUCGCUUUCUCUACCGUAGCAAUUCGACGAAAAGCUUCCGCAAACCGAAACCGAAAAUCAAAAGCAAAAAACUAAGCAACGAAUUUGAUCAGAUAUAUGUGAUUAGCAGCAGUAGCGGGGGAGGACUUGAGCACGGGAGCAUAGAGGGGGGAAUUGCUCCGGUCGGCUCGGCCAGCACCGGAAGUACUCGUUAUCCUAAUUUCCAUCAUACACGUGAUGAUGACUACUACGACUCGAUUGAAGUGAUACACGAAAGACGCAGUAAGAACUUCAGUAAAUUCAAUAGUGUUUGUGGAGACGAGACGCAUUCAGUGCGGAGUCAGGAUGGUGAAGAAAGUCUUGAGCCAUCCGGCUGUCAUCAGGAUAGAGAAAAUUUUCUCCCUGUAGGAGAAAGCUUAGGUUUGAACAAAUUUAGUGUAGUGGCCGACAUUUCACCUGCCAUGGCCAAUCACGAGGCAAGUCCGGAGAAGCAUUUAGCAGAACAGACUACGAAAAUGACUGCCAUUGUGGGUGGUGAUGGUCUUGAAGGUUGUGCUUUUGGCUCUACCGAUGCAGACGACGAUGACGAGGAAGACAACGAUGGGAAACAAACCGCAGAUCACAAUGGCUCUAUUCAACGGUAUGAUACGGUUAUCUAUAAUGCAGGCGCCGGUAGUGUUGAAAGUGAAGAAAAUGUUGUGACACCGGUGAACGACGUUGAUGACGGUGGGCGAAAGAUUGCCGCUGCUGAGGUCAGAGAUGUGGACCAGGGGGUGGGUAUUAGCUUGAGUGAAACACGUGAUGCAGCAUACAGUGAUGCUGAUAAAAGCGAAGUACAUGGUUCGCAGGACGAGAAGCAUCAUCAGUAGACCUGACUUGGUCGAAGAUGACGGUAAUAACGUGCUUUUAACCAGUAAACGUGUGCAUGAUAGAGUGAACGAGUUGAAUAUAAGUAUGUGCGAAAAAGGACGUAGAAGAUUGUUUGUUUAUUUAGAUCUUGGCAGAUUAUGACGUUCACGUGUCACCUUUGCCUGGUUUAAUUGCAUGAUUUCUUUCUAUUCAAUUGAGUUACUGAGGGAAGGAUCAUAACUAAUAUAUGGUAGAUUGCAUAUUGAUUUUUUUUGAAUUUUGGACCGCUCUAACAUAGGAUUUAACUUUUGUCUUUACUGAAGCCUUCAUUAUUUAGAUCACUUUUUUUAAAUUAACUUAAACAAUAUUAUAGCUAAACUUUGUUUUAGAUUUUAUUUAACAGCUUUUUUUCAAUUACUUUAAAGCGUCACAUUAUCAUUGCAACGAACUUAUUAUGUACAGCAUUUGAAAUCGGAAGGAUUCCUCUAUUCAGUGGUAAAAAUGCCAUCCAAACACAUAUAGGGUAGGUGAAUCAAUUAUGGACAUAAUGGGGCUCUAUUUCGACAUACGUAAUAAUUUUAU